AAGGAAGCCGAAGAGUUUUUAACUUGAGGGACGCGCGCUGCUGGGGAUUUUAUGAGCAAUUCUUCAAUGAAAAUGGUUGAGAAGAACCUGACAAAUAUAACUGAGGAUGAGGCUGCUCUCUAUGACAGACAAAUCCGGCUGUGGGGACUGGAUGCCCAGAAGAGGCUGCGAGCAUCACGUGUAUUGGUGGCAGGCGUGUGCGGGAUGGGAGCAGAAGUCACCAAGAACCUAGUCCUGUCAGGCAUCAAGUCCCUGAUGCUCCUUGACCACAGAAAUUUGACAGAAAUUGAUGUUUGUGCUAACUUCCUUGCUCCACAUGAUGCUGUUGGUCAAAAUGAGGCUCUGACAAUGUGUGAGAUUCUAGUCAGGGCAAUACCCAAGCACACUUACCUUGUUGGGCUCGCGACGGUAUCUACAAAAAAGUCGUAG